GAACGUUCAGUCCAGCGCUCUCUGUGCAUGAGCCUCGAGUUCUCCUUUCUGCCCACCUCAAUGCCAUCGCGCGCGCGACUGUAAUGGCCCGCUCGACGUAAUUUCUAAUGCAGGCGCUUGUCUGGAUUACCCGCGACCCUGGGCAAUCUGAUACGGUACUCGCUGCGACGCUGGGUCGGCCGGCAAUGCUGGCCCACGACAGUGCCAUGGCCUCUUAUUCGUCUACCGAUGCAGAUGAACUCCAUCCCGCACCCACUCCUGCUUUCUACGAGACCGCCUGGGCUCAAAGAGCUACGCUGGGCUCGCCCGUUACUUCUACCAUCUCCCGCCAAAACCCAACCCUCUUCAAGCCGGACUUGACAGUCGCUGCGCAGGCGCCCAAGCUUCAAGCCGGCUCUAGGAAGCCUUCACCGCUGCUUCGCUCCGACGCCUUUAGUUCGGACCUGCAGCAACGUAAUAAUCCUAAUAGUUCGCCUUCGUCGCUUUCGCCGCCAGGUCGCUCGCCGCGAGAGCGAUUGGAGGCGCUGCUCGCCUCCGAGACCACCAUCUCGUCCAACCCGAACACGCCCUCGUAUCAGCCGCACGACGCACAACCUACCACAGCGCAAACCCAUGCUGGGCUCUGCAACGCCUCUGCUUCCACUCUGCCCAGCUCUCCUCCCGCGUCGCCCGAGAACAUGCUCCCGAGUCGACCAGAGCCUCGUCCCGUAAUGGCACGCAACCACUCCAAGGACUCGCAAACGUCGUCCGUCUCCUCCAAGACGGCCGAGUCUGGUCGCUCUGCGACCCAGAAGCAGUCGCAGGACUCGUCUGCGGCACCCGCCUCGGUCGACGUAGCCGGGCUCGUCGCUUCAGCUGGCUCCGCUGAGGCAGCGCUGGCCAAGCUGCUCAAGGAAAAACAGGGCGCCGAUUCACACAACGCGCAGCUAUGGAGGCUCGUCGAGAAGCAGCGCGCCAUGAUUUUGGGCCUUAACAAGGACCUGGAGAAGGCGCUUAAGGACAGGGACCGUUACCGCAGAAAGCUCAAGGAGGUGACGCAAAAUGCGUCCGGAGCGGCUUCGGUGCACCGCACGGAUUCGGCGCUGGACAGGCAAGAGAAGAGCAGCGAGGCCUCGGCCACGAGCCCCGUCGAGCCGUCUCAAGGCAUCAAGCGUGCAGACACCUUGGAUGCGAUCGCUCAAAGUCCCACCGACGGUCUCGUGGCGUCUAUCCGCCGUCAAGCAACCGACACCAUGUCCUUGCCGGAGUCUACUGGUGACAUUACAAGCAUUGAGCCUUCUCCGGUCUCGUCAACAAGCAAAGCGGCAGCCAACUCUCGGGAUGGGCCGAUGGCGCAGGCAGUAGAGUCGCCGCUUGCUUCGCAGCUCGAGUUUGAGCAGAACAUGGCGAAGUUCCCCAUACCUGCCACGGGUGGUUUGAUGAGCAGUCCGACGUCCCCAACGUCUCCCCCCUUUACUUCUGCGUCAUCAGCGCCGAAAGUGGCCAUCAUCGAAGCCACUCCUCUGACGGAUGGAGGAAAUUUCAGCCCUCGCAGCAGCAAGAUGACACGCAAGGCUGCUCCCGCACCCUUGAACCUGGCGCAGCCGACGCGCCCUGCGCCUGCGGCGCCAACUGCUGAGGCACCGGCAGAGUCGAAUGUCGAUGCGGAGCCGACUCCGGAUCCUGAAGAAUUGGAGAGAGGGCGACGACGGACUCGUGAAGAGGACGAUCGUGUUCGUGAGGCGUACGUCAUGGCGCAGGAGGAAGCGCGCAGCCUUUCCAAGAAGUCCAAGUCCGGCAAGAGCAAGAGCAAGAGCAAAGGGCCAUCAGAUCAGCCCCAGAUCGUAGAGCCGGAUGCUGCGUCCAUGCCUGGUUCGAGCAACUCUGGCCUACCCUCUUCCCCACGACCUACGCACGCCCAAACACCUGCCGCCUCGUCGCUUCUCAGCCCUUCCGGAUCCGAAUCUUCCGUUAAUUCCAUGGCGGUGCAUCGCUCCAACUUCUCAACACCGCUGCUCAGUCCGGGCCUGCCGAUGAGUCCUCGACCCGGCGAUCGCCCACCAUUGCACGCGCCUUCUCCUCGCCUUCCCAAGCAGAUGGCGUUUCCCAUGCCGGGCCAGCAACCGCCUCCCUCACCCCAUGUGCAGAUCGGACAUGAUUCGGACAGGUACACCACUUUAAUCUCUCCAUCCGCCCUGCCCGCACCGCUGUUCGCCAAAUCUGCACAGGCACAGAGUCCUCCCAGUCCUAAAGUCGAGCUUGCAAAAGAUAUCAAGGUGGAUUCCCCACGUUCACCUCAAUCCCGAUCGAAUUCGGACUCGCCAGAGUCUCCCUUCCCUGACAACGUGUUCCGGGGCCUGGUCUCAGAGCAAUACCCGAAUCUGCUACUUCCUCCGAACGCUGUGCCGCUCAUUGACGUCAAAGUAUUCUCCUCGCGCUUGCGGCCAUCUAGACACAGUCUUCUGCUGGCAAACCCUUUCGACGAGGAUCCCGUGUUCUUGCUAGGCAUAUAUGCACGCUCUAACGGAAAGCAGUUGUGGCGCCUCGAAAAGACAAUCCACUCACUGCCAGUGCUUCACCAGGCCGUGAGAAGCGUUUGCGACUUCGACGGCAAGCUUCCGGAUAAGAGUCUGUUCAUGGGCCACGCGCCUGCUAAGAUCGACGCGAGAAGAGCUGCGUUGAAUGCCUACUUCGACCUGCUGCUCGACACGCAACUCAAUGAGAAGGCCGCACUGGCUGUAUGUGAAUUCUUCUCCACCAACGUCAUGGGCGCGGAAGAGGAGCAGAGCCCCACUUCGACGCACUUGACGGUUCCAGGCAUGGGUGGUUCUUCGAGUCCAGUGCCUCUGCGCAAAGAGGGCUACCUGACGAAACGAGGCAAGAACUUUGGCGGCUGGAAAGCACGUUACUUUGUGCUUGAUGGACCCGAACUCAAAUACUAUGACAACCAAAAUGGCCCGCAGAUUGGCGUCAUCAAGCUGCACAAAGCGCAAAUCGGCAAGCAGUCAGUGCAGGCGAGUCACGAUGCUAGCGGAAAGGAGGAUGAAAUUGACAACCAGUAUCGCCAUGCUUUCUUAAUCCUGGAGCCAAAGCGGAAGGACUCAUCGAGCUUGGUCCGCCACGUGCUUUGCGCCGAGAGCGAUGAAGAGCGAGACGCUUGGGUAGCAUCUCUUCUCCAAUGGGUAGAUCAGAAGGACGGUAAUUCAAAUCAGCAUUCUACCGGGAAAGAUUCGGCAAAAUCUCAAGACCAAGCAACGACCGCCCCAAAGCCAAAGAGGAAAGCCCCCACUGCACCAUCGCGAUCAGAGAAGGUCGACGAACUUGCGAAAGAUACAGAUCACAACGAUUCUGACGCCGGCGAGCUCAUCGUGCAGGGAACUAGCUAUGAGAACACUGUUGCUGGCGAACCGCCUAUUCAUGGGACGACCGUAGGGAGCUUCAAUGGCUCUCGUGGUGUUGUGUCACCGUCGCUGAAUGGCAGCUUUUCAAACGUGUUUGGCAACCAGGGGAAUCCGCGCAACACAGUCUCUAUUUCUGGCCCCACAAACGGUGCCGUCAUCCAGAACUCUGAAAUAUGGGGCAUGAAGACUCCUGUUAAGGAGAAGAAGCGAAGUAUCUUCGGGUUUCAUCGCGCAAGAACACCGUCUGACACUGCGUCCGGCCAGUCGAGCGCCAGCUCUUCUGUUCUUACCGCUGAUCGAAGGGCGCCAUUGCUACGACCAGUUUUCGGCAUGCCUCUUGCAGAAGCCGUCGAGUCCGCACCACCUGUGGGCGUUGACGUUCAUUUGCCAGCCGUUGUGUACAGGUGCAUCGAGUAUCUUGAGGCUCAGGGCGCGGCAAACGAAGAGGGCAUCUUCAGACUUAGCGGGUCCCAGAAUGUGAUCAAAGGUUUGCGGGAACGAUUUAACAAUGAGGGUGACGUCAAGCUCCUCGAUGGUAACUAUUAUGACGUGCAUGCUGUCGCAUCACUUCUGAAGCUCUAUUUACGCGAGCUGCCCUCAUCCGUACUUACGAGGGAGCUGCACCUGGACUUCCUGAAGUCUUUGGAAAUUGAGGAUAGAGAGCAAAAGGUCGCUGCGAUCAACGUCCUCGUUCACAUGCUACCACGACCAAAUAUGGAGCUGUUGUCUAAUCUAUGCUCGUACUUGGCAGACAUUGCAAAUGCCUCAGAUGUUAACAAGAUGAACGUUCGAAACGUCGCUAUUGUAUUUGCGCCAACUUUGAACAUUCCAGCUCCACUUAUACAACUCUUCCUCACUGACUAUCCAAAUAUUUUUGGCGAUGAAGUCGGGGAGAAGUCCCCUAUCAAGGAGAUGCAUGCAACAGCUUCCGCCGCACCCCAAGAGAGUAUUCGCUCGCCGCGACACCAGAUGUUUAGCGAUCUGCCCACGCCAGCCUAUAACCAGAACACGUUCAGUCAACAAGGCCUUCCUGGAUUCCAGCCUCUAGCGGCAUCUACGAAUCCGAACCGCAAUACAUAUGCACCGCGACAAACGCAGCAAUUUGACGGCAGCGGAUUUCCUGUACCGCCCAUGUACCAGGCCGGAGGUGCUGGCGAGUUUAGUAGCCUGAAUGCCUUGGCCGUGCCAGGAGGCGAUGGCGCAACUGGCAGCAGCAAGAAAAACAGGAGAGAGAGUAGCAUGAUGGGCCCGAAUUUCGGUCUUGUCAACCAGCGACAAGCUAGCCGACAGACACUACGAGAUACGAGCAGCAGUCGGAUCCCGGAAGCAUUCGAAAGUUUUGCAGCGCAACAGCGCGCAAGGGAGGCUACACCAGAGAGGAGGUUCCAGCAGCAGACGACGAUGUUUUGAAGUUGUUGUUUCCGGCCGGUACGUGAGUGGACUUGGCGAGACGGUAUCAGACACUCGCCAGGAUCACUGCUAUCGUCAUGGAAAGAAUUGUUCAUUAUUCUUUGUAUUUUUCUGAUUGAUUUGAGAUGAUUCCCCAGUGUGGCAUGUUUGCUUUUCCUUCUAGCUACUACUGUUUGAUUACUGACGGAUGAGUAGCGCCUUGCGAGCUAGGGAGCGAGCAAGCGCAUUUAUCGCAUGGUGUAUUGAAUACGUAAUGGAAGAAUUGUAUGACUUUGUAAGAUAAUCACAAGCAUGCGGUUUCGUAAUUCUUGGCUUUGCCGAUUCUUGGCUUAUUUUGAUAUAUGAUACGCAAACGAAUCAUUAAAGCAUUGUCAUGCGGAACAUAAACACAAGCAAGGAAA